AUCCUUGUAUAUACAAAGUUAUAUCUUGUGGAACUGUCAAAUUGCGAAUUACAAGGAAUUACAAAUAAAUUCUUUUUCCUCGAAAUUUUAUUUAACAUUUCUUACAAAUAAAAACAAUGUCGGAAAAUAGAAAAAAGCGUUAUAGAAAACCAAAGCCUGAAGAAAAGCGUACAGUAAUAUUAGCUAAACGCGAUCCAGAUCGAACUACCGCCAAGACUUUUGAAGAACAACAACCAAUUCAACCCAAGAUUUUAUUAAAAGCUAAAGAUCGAAAUGAUUCCGGUGGUUCACCAACCACCGUCGCUUCCAUAUCCAAUUUAGUCCCACAAAAAACAAUUAUUGUCACAAAAGAUUCCAUCUCAGUUGAAGGCGCCAUCGCUGGCGUCUCCAACUUAACCGUUCAACCCAGCUCUCAAAGUCCGAGUAGCUCCUCAACACAACCACAAAAAGAAGUCACAUCAGACGUACCUAUUACUGAACCGACUCCUAUUAUGACUCGGCCGGCAACUGUGAUUUCCUCAACAUCCCAGAUAAACUUCAAUGCCUCCAAAUUCCUGAUAAAAAACAAUAAAGAUUUCCUCGUUGUGGGCAUUGUGGGCAGGCAAGGUGUUGGCAAGUCCACUAUCAUGAAUAUGUUGGCUGCAGAGGAAAUAAACAAUGAAGUAUACAAAUCGAUUUUCAAAGACCAAGAAAGUAUCUUUCCGAUUAAGAUCAAACCCAAUAAAGGCGCCGCUUGGCCACGUACCGAAAGCAUUCACAUGUACAUUACGAAAGACAGAAUGAUUCUUCUCGACAGUCCUCCAGUUUUGUGCAAUUCCUACAAGAAAGAUGAAUUGACAAAUGAAAUGGAUGACAUGCAUAAUAUCAUUAUAUUCCUGUCGGUUUGUCAUUUAGUAAUCUUUGUUCAGAAUGAUCACUUCGAUAUGAGUCUUGUUCGUUUGUUCACAAUGUCGGAAAUGACAAAACCAAAUCAGGAUACCAAACCAUUUGUUGAAGAUUACUAUCCAAAUGUUUUAUUUGUGAAGAACCGAGCUAAGCGAUUGGAUUUCUCGGAAGAGGAAAAGGAAAUGCAGGAUAAAAUGCUUAGAUUUUGCUUUGAGGAAACUAAAUUCAAAAUAUUUCUUGGCGAAACAGAUGAACUGAAGAAAGGGCAUUGUAUUCCAGAUGCGGAUAAAAUUGUCAAUUCAUUUCGGAUACCAGAAUUCAAAGAUGAUGCGGCCACCAGCUUUCAUUCUGAUUUCCAGUCAAUCGCAGAGGAAUUAAGGCAACGAGUAUUUAUGACUCCGCGCAAUCAAAUCUACAGCGCUCCAGGUGAGCUGACCGAAGCGAUUUGGUUUGAAUUGCUUACAAGGACUGCAAACGAGUGGAAUCAUUUCUUCUUUAGGACAUACAAGGAAGCUCGAAUCAAUCAUUACCAAAAUGGAAGUAAUAGUGUUGAUGCAGAAAAGUUUCAACAGUAAAAUAAUAUAUUUUUGUUCAAAUACAAAAAUUAAAACUUCUCAACACUCUACAAAUGAAAGACAAUGAAGUGGGCAUAAUUACUUCGAUAGCUUGGAUAUUUUCUGACACAGUUAAUAAUUUAAUAAAUUGAAAGGUCAAUUUAGACAAAUAAAGAAAACCAAACUGGUAAAACAAA